UGAACGGUGAGCUCAGAGAUUGGACAGAGACAGGGUUUAUUUCCUGUGAAUAUUGAUCAGAGAUUAGUUUUUUUAUAGGCUUCGUUUUCUUCACAUAAAUGAAUGAAAUGCUGAUAUAGUUUUAUUUUAUCAAGUUUUAUUUCACCGUUUAAACCUCAUUAAAACUCAUAAAACACAACAUUUAAAGUCAUUUUAGAAUAAUCACUUUAAUCUGCUGUGAAUCUAAUUACAGAGAAUAUUUCUGACACAAAGAGACAUUAAAGCUGCUGUAGGUAACUGUUAUAUAUAAACUUUCUGUCAGUAAUAACUCCGGUUGCUCCUGGACCUCCUAAUUGGAUCCACCGGUGAAUGAAAACAACCAAAGAUAUUUAAUUACUGAGUCUAAUUCCCAGCUCGUCAAAUACAGACACUGAGGAUGAGUUUUAUAUAUAAUCUCCAUUCUGCCCUAUUUAAAGACAUUUUAUCGACCAAACCAGGAACGGAUGAGCCCAUAUGAUAACACACUGAUUUAAAGUCUCUGGAAAUAAUUAAUUUAACUUUAUUUGUAAUAAAUAACACUCCUCCGUCCACACUGGGUCUGCUGAGUCCACACGUCAGUGACACAACAUCAGUGUUUAACUUUAUGUGUUGAGUUUCUUUCUCCUCUCAGCUUUGUGGCUUCGUCACAUCAGGAUGAGUUCGAUGCUUCGUCCUACAUUUGUGUCAAACUAUCAUCAUAAACAAACCGCCCGGUUCUCCAGCGGUUUCUACCAGCACCGGAAUCAAACCCACCGCUUGUACCAAACCUGAAGGACAAGUUCUGGAACUUCAUCUUCUACAAGUUCAUCUCCGUGUUCGGCGUCCUGAACGUGCAGACGGUGGAGGAGGUGGUGAUGUGGUGGCUCUGGUUCUCAGUCCUGGUCUUCCUCCACCUCCUGGUUCAGCUCUCCACGCCCGGGUGCUGCUGCUGUGGUCUGGCUACUCUCUGCAGCCGCCUGGUCCGCAGCCAGGGCCGCCACACUGCCGCCUUCAUGGCCGCUGAGGUCUUCAGUAACAUCUGGUUGUCCAUGGCGAGUCUCGUGACCUUCAUGCAGCUUCGUUUCCUCAUUCAGCGAGGGUCGAUCCGUAUAAUAAUCUGUUUUCUGUGGCGUCCGCAGAAGAGCUCGCAGACAAUAACGACGGGAUGUGAUGAGUUCGGCUCAGAAACUGCCCUGUGGUCACCUCUUCCACAGGUACGGGGGGGCAGAAGACAACUGUGGGUAACGUGUUCGUGUCUGCGCUCCUGGCUCGAACAGGACACUUCAUGUCCGACAUGUCGGAUGUCCCUGAACAUCGGAGAAGGAGGUGAGACACGUGAGACGAGGGAGGCGGCUGCUGACAACAUGGCUGCCGGCUCCGAAGUCGACGCUCGGCCGCACCUCAACCAGCUCCACCACUUCUUCCACUUUGACGGUUCUCGUAUUGCCAGCUGGUUGCCCAGUUUCUCAGUGGAAGUUAUGGCCACCACCAACUUUCUGGGCGUCGCAGCCAUCAACCCAUCUCAGAUCAACACCAUGGCUCUGCAGAUCAAGGAGAUGUUUCCUCAGGUUCCCCUCCAGUCGAUCCUGCAGGACCUGGAGAUCACCCGAUCCCUCGAGGUCACCACCGACAACAUCCUGGAGGGACGAAUCCAGACCGCCGCCCCGCCACCGGUCUCCGAUCAGCAGCUCAUCCAGGUGACUCCUCCCCCCGAGGACGAGGGCGGAGCGGGAAGAGGAGGACGAGACGGAGGGCGAGGAGGAAGAUGAGGAAGAGAGCGAGGCUGCGGAGGAGAAGACAGACGAAGAUGCAGAGAAUGUGGAUGUUCGGUUUUGUGGGUCAGCGGUGCAGCGACAGGAGCUGCUGCUGCUUUUAUUCUCUGCUGUCGUAGAGUCUCUGCUCUCACACAUGGGAUGUUACACCAAACCUUGAACGCUCAUAAAUGAUCAGCCAGAUUUUAAACUGAAAAGGCAAAAAUGUUCCAGAAACAAUAAUCUGGUUCCUCUGGUUCCUCUGGUUCCUCCUGGUGCUCCACAAGAAUCCUCCGGGCCCGAAUGAAAACAACCAAUCAGAUUAGAGAAAGAUAGUUGACAGUUGAGUCUCAUUCUCAGGUUGGCAAAUACAGACGCUGGAAAUGAGACUCAACUAUCCUCAAAGCUUCCAACCCAAAGCGUCUUUCUGCCGUCUGGAGGUGAGCAGAGCGAGAGAGAAGAAGGAUGAGAAAGGAUCUUAUGGAGUUUGUAAAUGAUCUGAAGCUCCAGUCUGAGCUCCGUCAGCGUCCUCUGCUCUGAUUAAAGGUUAAAAUAACUCCGCUCUGCACCGACAUGCAUGUUUCCUGCUCUGCGCUGACCUUUCUUCCCCUGAGCCGCUGUAGGAGGUUUAAAAUCUUGGUUCCCGUGGUUUUCGGCUGCUCGUUAUCUGCGACCCUGACGAGCCUUUGAGCUGUGGCUCCAUUAGUGAAACCACAGCGGGCUUUUUAACUGAUGUAGCCCAUUUACUACAAAUCACCUGCACUUUACAUCACCGCCGAGAGUUUCCAGGAUUUAUGUCCGUCCUCGCAGGCAGCUGCUCACAUCAGAGUGACGGUGUGCAGGUAGAUCCAUCACUCCUGCUCGGCUUUAUCUGUAACAUUACUGUACUACUACAGUUUUCACUUCACUUUUAUGUCUACCUUUUUAAAAUCUACCCCCAAAAUCCAUUUUUAUAGAUCUGCUCUCCUCCUACUCCCAUUUGCUUUUUGUUUUACUCACACUGUCGUCUCAUUUUACUGCUUCAUCUCUCGAUAUUUGUCACAAUAUUACUGUCUUAUGGUCGUCUAUAAGCUGAAAAUUUACUUUUAUCUUCUUUCUCUUAAAAGCACCCUUCACUUCUUUCUUAAAAAGUGCUGUUGGAGUUGAAUUGUUAUAUUUCUAUUAUUAGUUUAAAGGAAUUCAACACAGCAAUAAACUAAAGUCCAUCUAUUAAUAUGUUUCAGGACAAACUGAUGGUGACAAAAACAAAACUUCAACAUUAUGGACCAAAAAAUACAACUAACCACAAACAGCUGUGAUAUCACUCAACACCAGCCUCCAUAGACAGAAACACUUAAUUUACCUCACAUAUAAAAGUGGAAGAAAACCAAACAAAACUGUUUUAAACCGUUCCUUUUAGUGUUUCCAACAAUCAGCAACUCUGGUUUGGUGGAAAUAAAUCCUUAAUUCAAUUCAGUUCAAUUCAGUUUUAUUUGUAUAGCACCAAUUCAUAACAGAAGUUAUCUCAGGACACUUUUCAAAUAGAGCAGGUCUAGACCGAACUCUUUAAAACAUUAUUUACAGAGACCCAACAGUACCACCAUGAGCAAGCACUUGGCGACAAGGGCAAGGAAAAACUGCCUGUUAAAAGGCAGAAACCUAGGACAGAUCCUUCGGCUCUAGGUGGGUGGUCGUCUGUCUCGACCAGUUGGGGUGAGAGAGAGAGAGAGAGAGAGAGACAGAGAGAGAGAGAGAGAGAGAGAGAGAGACAGACAGACAGACAGACAGACAGACAGACAGACAGGUGCACAGCAACAACAGUAUUGGCAAUGGCAAUCUAGCAGGACCAUGGCAGGAGGCUCCACCAGGAUCGAUGAGAACCUGCGAGACGAGAAAGCACAAGAACUCCGGGGAAGAAGUGGAGUUAGUAACAUGCAUUAAUGGAACAUGAAUGAGUGCAGAAAGAGAGAGGAAGAGAGGAGCUCAGUGCACCAUGGGAAAUCCCCCCGAUAGUCUAGGCCUAUAGCAGCAUAACUAAGGGAUGGUUCAGGACUCACCUGAUCCAGCCCUAACUAUAAGCUUUAUCAAAGAGGAAUGUCUUAAGCCUACUCUUGAAUGUGGAGAGGGUGUCUGCCUCCCGAACCACAACUGGAAGCUGGUUCCACAGGAGAGGAGCUUGGUAACUGAAGGCUCUGGCUCCUGUUCUACUUUUAGAGACUAUAGGAACCACAAGUAGCCCAGCAUUCAGAGAACGUAGUGUUCUAGUGGGGUAAUAGGGUACUAUGAGCUCUUUAAGAUAUGAAGGGGCCUGACCAUGAUUCACCGACGUAGAUGAUAAAAACAGCAGUUUCAGUCGGAGCAGACCGGCUAUGGAAACAAACCACAGAGAGGCUGCGAUACAACACAGGCAGAGGGAGAGAGACACCAUGUGACUGUAUAUAGAGAAUAGCUAUUAAAUCUUACAGAUAACCUUUAGCAAAUAUGUAUCUAACAGAGUCCUUUACCUCUGAACCUCCUCUGCAGGGACUACCUGACCAGGAGCUCCAGGUCCUCGGACGCCAGCGCUCGAAUAUCAGAGUUCAUCUGAUACUCGAGCCUCGUGAUAUCGAACUUCCUGCUCUGUGGCUGCAAUGCAUUCUGGUUCCUUUUUCUCUAAAUUGAUCCCUCUGCGUCCUCGUCCAGUGUUUAUCAGUUCGUUAUCGAUCAGCUGGUGUUUAACUUUGACCUCUUCAACAACGUUCAUGUUUAUAUUUUAUUUACCGUUUGAAUUACGUCCAAAAUACAACGUUAUCUUUUAAAACUACACAAGAUUAAAGAUAUUAUGUUAAUAUCAGUACGCUGUAAAACCUGAUACACGUCUAACAUUAAAAAGAUAAAUGAACAUAAAUUAAUCCUCUAAAGGAAAAUCACUCAUUCACAUUAAUUGUUGAAGCAGCUCAGUUGUUUUGAGCGAACUUAAGUAUUUUAAGUAUUAGUGAUAUUUUCUUUAAAUUUACUUUAUAUCAUUAACAAUAUAAUUAUAAUACUGGAUAGCUUUUUUACUUUUUAUAUUUCAGUUUAUUAAUCAUAAUAAUCCCAAUUAUGCAUCCAAUUAAUUCUUAAUGAUCCCCAAAGUGAAAAGAUUGGAUCUCAGUCUUAAAAGAAAAUUAAUUGGCUACUAUUUUAUAAUCAUUGUUUUUAUGGUUCUUCAGCUGUUUAGUUAAUGUAAUAAUCUGCUUUAGUGGAAAUAAACAGAGUAAACUCAAUUUAAGUGGCAACAUUUGUAUUAGAUUAAUUUAAGUGACCUUAUUCAGAAAAUUUCUGUGAGCACAUUUUAAAUAAGUUUGGAGAAAAGCUACACGAGAGUCUAACGUCAAUUAACUGAAUUAAACAAUAAUUACUUGAGUUAUUGUACUUAAAUAUCUUUAAUAAACUUUGAGGCGGUUUCAGUUUGAGUUGAAUUAACUCAUCAGGUUUUACAGUGUUAGUUUAUAAAGGUGGACUUUUCCUUUAAUGACAUUUAUGUUUUAAUAAGUUUAUUCUAAAGAUAAAACAGCAAUAAUGUAAAUUAUAUUCAAUAUUUUAAUGCCUGGUUCAGUGUUAUUUCUCUUUGUUGUUGUUUAUUUGUUUACAAUGACUCGCAGUGUAUUUAUGCUUCAGUGUGUUUGUUAUUGUUUUAUUAUGUUCAAACUGUAUUAAUGAAACUCUGCAUGAAGAGUUUUAAUUAUCUGUUACUGGUUUUAAUGGUUUUAAUGGUUUUUGCACGUUGGCACCUUCACACAAGGUUUCUGUUUGUUUGUUUGUUCUUGUCUGGACUCUGUUCAUGUUUACAGAUUGUAUAAAUACUUUUGCAUUUUGAAAUAGAAAAACAUUACUGUACAGAGGUUUGAAGAGUUUUUGUAAAUAAACGAUCGCACCAAUAAACUUCUUCAUUUGAA